UACGUAUUCAAAGCUUGUCUCCGAUACAUUUCUUGAAAAUGUCUGGACGUGGUAAAGGCGCAGGCAAGGCCAAAGGCACCAAAUCCAAAACUCGCUCGAGUAAAGCCGGACUUCAGUUCCCUGUCGGACGCAUCCAUCGUCUCCUUCGCAAGGGCAACUACGCUGAACGUGUCGGUGCUGGAGCUCCUGUUUACCUUGCCGCUGUUAUGGAAUACUUGGCUGCUGAGGUUUUAGAAUUGGCUGGCAACGCCGCUCGUGACAACAAGAAGACCAGGAUCAUCCCGCGUCAUCUUCAACUUGCCAUCCGCAACGACGAAGAGUUAAACAAACUGCUCUCUGGUGUCACCAUUGCCCAAGGAGGUGUUUUGCCCAAUAUCCAAGCAAUUCUUUUACCAAAGAAAACUGAGAAGAGUGGUAGCAGCACGAAAAGUAGUCAAGAAUAUUAAAUCUAAUAACUUUUUUUCCAUAUAAAUAAUCAGUCCUUUUCAGGACUACCAACAAUAUUAA